CUAUUUAAUAUUCUACCAAAAAUAAAUUAAGGAAAAAUCAAUCAACUCUUUAAUGGGGUUGUUAGUUUCCUAAUUAUCUUAUUUAUAAUUAUUUAUAACAAUAUAACUAUUUAAGUACAAUUAUAAUUAAAAAAACUAGUCUGCAAAAGAAGACACCGGCGACCCGUCCGACGCCUGAGAUCGGACGUGGCCCGACGCUGCAGAUCAGACGUGGUCCGACCCCGCAGAUCGGACGUGGUCCGAAUUCCGUUGUCGGACCGCGCUGCUCCGUCUGAACCCGACGUUUGGUGCUGAUCUCUGACUGACGAUGGGGAAACGACGAUGCCGGGAAGACGAUGACGAUGUCAGUGAGGUUCGAUCUGGAGGGAUCCCGAGGUUUUGAUCUUCGUCGCGGGAUGGAUUUUGGGGUUUGGUUGGAUUUGUGGCCGACGCUUCUCUCGAAUCUAAUGAUGACGGAAGGGACGGGAGGAGGAAGCGAUGGCCGGGGGAGAAUUGGCUUGAAGGAAAUAUAGAGGGGUAAGGGAUGGCGUGUUGGACUUGUCGGGAGAAAGUAGGCACCUCUUGUCCUGUGCUGCGAUUCCCGGCGGUGGAGGAAAGCCGACAGAGGUUGACUAAUGGUUGGUGGGAGGGUUUCCAAAGAAAAGGGAUAAAUCGUCAUUUACUUAGAAAUUGUGGGCGGCAAAUAGUAAUCUCUCGGGCGGUAAAUAAUAACCCUCAAAGUAAAAGGCUAAAAGGGCUACCCAGAGCUUGGAGGGGCAAAUAUCAGUCUCUGGUUACAGAUAGAUGGCAGGUGAACAACGCGUUUGAGGGGUAAAUAGAGGAGCCAAAGGGACCGAAGUUUCAACCAGAAGGCAAACCAGGGCAACAACGCAACCGAACCAAAUCCAACCAGGGUCCUCCGUGCACCAGCCCACACUAAAGCCCCAUCCGAGUUGAAACAGUGUUUAUGAGUCUGGAUGUGCAGUGAAAACAGUCUUGAUGCACAGGGAAUGGCUCUGCUGGGGGUUUUCUUUUUUCAAUAGUUGACUAGUGUAGGACUAAGCAAAAUUUGACAUAUAAAAGCCACAGUUUUGGGUACUGUUCAUUAGUGGCCCACACGGUUGCCAUCUGCGAGUGGGCUUCUUCCAUUCGUUUCUUCUUCAUUGGCCAACGUGGGCUUCUUCUUCUCUCACAGAGACGCUUGGAACGCCUCAAUACCCAACGCGCCAUCUUCGAACCAGAGGUUCUGGGUUUUGCCCAUCGGAUAACCGGGUUCCUCCGCUGCAGCUGCCUGCCGUUCGCUUCUCCUCUCUGACACGCAGAGACUCUUUCUUUCGUCCCGUCUCCUCAACACCGGCGCAGGCGCACGCAAUCCCUGGUCAUACGCCGAUGCACGCCACCCAGAACGCUCCAACUCCCAAUUCCUCCUCGGAAAUCGCUAUGAGUCAUUCGUGCUUCUUUGCUUGGAAGACUCCUUUUCACACACACAGCCCAUCCCUCCCACAACUUUUACUCCCACUUCGAAAAUUGUUCGGCGGAAUUCAACCUCCAGCCGAGUCCCAAACUCCCAGGUACGCUGCUAUGAUACUUUCCAGUAGAACAACCCUUUCCAUUUUCCAAUCUUAGCUCUCUAACCCUAGAUCCCGAAUUCGCAGCGAUGCCCAGCAAAUCUACACGACGGUCCAAGCAUGUCGACGCUCCACCGGCUCCAGGAAUGUCAGAACCGCCGCCAUCUACGCCAAAAACUGACCGGCAGGCAAAGAAUCGCGGUUCUGUGUCGACUUCCAAAACUCCCAAAGCCCUCGAACGCCGCAACCGCGUCCCGCCUCCUGCUGCACAAGAAACUCAGCCGACGCCGCCUUGAUGGAACGGUUACAAGCUACUUCCAUUCGUUUAGCUUUGCGGGGCAUUGACUGCUCCCUAAUGCCCCAGACCCACAAAUAGCAGCCGGACGACUUCGUACAACACCGGCGUCAUCGUGAACAACCUCUGCGGCUUCCCCUUCUCACAAAGCACGCUGCUUGCCGCCGUCGUGAGCCCAUCUCCCUCUGAAACUCGCUGGCUGAACUCCACCUUUGAAUCUUGGCGGUUGAGUCACAGGUACUCCUCUGAUCCCAACCCUAUGCUUGCUAGGUUGUUCCAUAUUCCUCCCCAAUCGUUACUCAUCGUCUUCAGUUUGGGAAAUCCAUCCCGUAUUCUUCUGUUUCUCAGCAUGUCUUCUCUGACUGCAGGUUGGGUAAGCGAGGCAACGGAAUAGAUAGCAGCUUUUGGAUCUUCUUCUUCCGUUUAUGGGUUUGGUCUCUAACGCCGACUGUUGAAACCGUAACUUCCCCCCAGAUUGAUUUUUGGUCAGAUAGUUUAUAUAAUUUCUGAUUAUUUCCAUGAAGCUUGGACUGGGUUUUCACGGAAGGUUUCAACUUUCAAGUGGCUUGCUGGGUUUGUGAGGCUCUCCCUUGCCUCUGCCAUUAUUUUAGGGUAACAAGGAAUUCACUUUUGGGCUAAAUUAGUUUUUCCUGUACUUUUGGAGUUCAUUAAAGUGAGCUUAUUUGUGACCCAGCUUACAAUUGUUGUAUACCACAGUGAUUGAUUUUGAUGGUUGGCAAAAAUGAAACCAUUCUCUGGGAUAAAGUCAGGGCACCACCAGGGCAAAGUAUGGUGUGGGACUAUAUUAGAUGAAGUUCAUUCGAGUGAGUCGUCUCUCUCACAAUCUUCUUUCUUCCUGCAUAGAUUGUAUGACAUAUUUAACUUAUGUGUAACGAUCUACUGUUGCCUUUUUCCGAACAGGCUAGAUGAAGAGUUGAUCGAGUCACUUUUUGGGUCCAGCAUAAGAAGCAUGGUUAAAGAGAUAGAAGAAAUUGAGCAAGAUUAGAAUCAGCCAAGCUCCUUAGGUGAGAAAUCAACUUCAACUUGGCAAUUGCCACUCUCUUAUGUCCCUGCUUCCCAGUCAUGAAAUGUAUAAUAGGUUUCUUGAUGAUCCGAAUGCUGGACUGAAAAGCUUUCAGUUUGUUUUUUCACUUUUGAUUAGCUCAUCACUUAUUGACUAUGUUCAACUACAUUUCAUGUUCUCAAAUUGUCUAUGUACGGUACUUGAAUUAAGGUUAAAAGAGGAGUUAGAGAAGGCACUGGUCAGAGGAGUUCAGGGAGUCUACUAUGUUGUAUGUUAAUGAGAGCUCUCUUUGUUCACUUUUACAAUCUUAUAGCUUUGCCUUUCAGAGAAGGGUUAAACUUUUUUUGCCAAAUUCCAGCAGAUUAAUGGGAGCACAAGCAUGACCAGAAAAAGGUUUCCUGUGAGCUUCUGAAAUUAAUUCCAAAUCAUAAGUCUGCAACUAGAUUCUUAGCAUUAUCCGCAGAGGAAGCUGCAGGACAAUGACGCCAAUUGGUUCUUCUCCUUCUCUCAAAUGGCUAUGAGGUGCUUACUACUUCCAAAUUUUGCCUUAUUGUUUUGUUUCACAGGUUGGUGAUUAAAGCUUUAAGAAGGCAAGAAACUAUUCAGGUCCUGGUACUUAUUUAUGCUCGCCUAUUCUCCAUGAUUACCUUGCGAUGUAUGCAUAUUAUGAUAUAUCUUCAAUAGCAAUCCUCUGAAUGCAUUUAACUUUCCCCGUGUACUUGCAGACUGCAGUUGAUGCUUUCUCAAUACCAGGAUUGCCUUUUAUAACUUCAAUCUUUUCUCAUCCUUUUCCAAUGCCUUUUAUAACAUUUAUGUUGCAUUUUCCCGUCUCAUAUGCUGCAGAUGGUUAAAAUAUAGGUAGUUUGUGUCGGUGUGAUGAUGAUACGAGGACGAGUAUGGACCUUAGGUAAAAGAACCUAUGCAAUCAUUUAGAUUCUUGCUUAAGAUAGAUAGAAUGCAACUUUAGAAUCAUUAACUUUGGCUUGGUGCAGUUUGCUUAGAAUUAAACUUUUGCCUUUUUUUUUUUAUAUAUAUAGCAGGUUAGAAAAGCCAAGUUCAUUAGAAAUAUAGACAGCUAUUGUAGAGCAAACUGUGGAGGCUAUAUUGAGCUGUUCUCUUCAACCGGUGAACUCAAAGAAGAGGUUCUACUUUGUCGGCAGUGAAGCAAAGGCCCUUCGUGGCAGAGGCGGAUCAUGGAGUUAUGGAAAGAACAAAGUAACCUAUCAAUCUACUGAUGAUAGCAUGUCUCUCUGUCUCAAGUGCAUUUUUUUGGCAGGGGAAAGAAUACUGGCUUUGUGUGGCUUGAGAAUUCCAAACGUCGUUGUUCUUUCAAGGGAAGUAGAACAUAAUUGAUUUGUUUUCUUGGCCUCUUGCAUGAUUAAGGGUUAUAAUUCAAAUUGAUUCAUCAAAAAAAGAGUACCAAAGGGGUCUGUUCACAUCCAGAGUAGUCAUGGUACAAACUUUCGUCAGCUCUAAUAGUGUGUUGAAAGCAGCAUAUUGUGAAGAAUUCGGAGGACAGGAUCAACAAUCAAAUUAACAAAUUGUUCAUAUACCAUACUAAUGUGCAUUCCUAACAUAUAGCCACUAUGACGCUUCAAUUUAGAGCAUUUUACUAUCGCGAAGCGCAAGCGAGCGUGUCCUUGCUAGUAGAGAUAAAUUUUUAGUUUCAUACCUGCAUGCAGAAUUCUUGUUUAAACACUUUGGACCCAAUUUGAAGUUUCAACAGGCCUUAGUCUUUAACAGCUCAACCAAUUUAAACACUUGGAUUCUGACACAAGUGAUGUAACCCACAACCCACUUUUUCUUUAGCCGUAAGCGUGUCCCACUGGCCACUAGUAUCACUAGGCAAUUAAAAACAAUCACAACUCAUGUCCUGUUCACUUCCCAUUUUGUUUUCUGUUUUUUGUUGUGAAAAUAGGAAUCAAGAAACAAAUAGCAGAAAACAUGUUCACUUCUAAUUUCUAUUUUUCGUUGAGAAACCAGAAUGCCAUAAAUGAGGUAGCUGGCGGAAAACAAUAAAAAGACGUUUUGGGAAAACUAUGACACGGGUUUCUCCCCGUUGCCUGGCGGAAAAUUGUCACUGUGCACUUAUGAGUCCCCCUGUUCGAAUCCUGCCAGCUACUUCUUUUUUUUCCUUUCUUGUUUUGCAAGCCUGGGAGGCUUCCCCCAAUUCUCGUUUUAGCUUUUUUUAGUUAAUUUGCUUGGCGGUUUUGGCUUAGUAAUUUCCCAUGAAAUAGUAAUUUACCAUGUGUAAAUUUUUUAAUCCAAACUUUGUUUUUUCUAUGUAUACCCACCGAAAUUGUUUACCCGUUUACAAAAUUUCACUUUUCUACAUUGUUUAACCUCAAUUAUAAAAUAUAUGAAUUUAAAUUAAAUAAAGAUUAAAAACAUUA